UGGACGGAGUACAGCGCCGUGGGCAAGCGGAUUCCUGGAACGCGGUUCAUUGCUUUUAAGGUUCCGUUGCAAAAAAUAUUUGACCGCAAGCUGGCAACUGGGCAGAGGUUCUCACCUACCAACCUUAUCAUUGAAAUUAAGAAGCAGAAUGAGGAGCUGGGACUUGUUGUGGAUCUGACGUGUACCAAGCGGUACUAUACGCCAAUGGAGUUUCCAGCAAUGGUACAGUAUGCAAAAAUCUUCACAGCUGGAAAGAAAGUGCCUUCUGAUGAUGUUAUCCAUGAGUUUAAAAGCAUUGUGAAGCAGUUUCUGAGUGAGAACCCUGACAAUGAUAAACUCAUUGGCGUUCACUGUACACAUGGGUUGAACAGGACAGGAUAUUUGGUUUGCAGGUAUAUGAUUGAUGUUCUUGGUAUGGUGCCAUCUGAAGCUAUAGAAAUUGGGAACCUAGAGUAUCUGCACCUUCAUUUUCCCAGCUAACCAGGGCAGUAUAUACCUGGACCUCAAUACGGCUUCCAACAGAUGGGCGAAAGACCACCUGGGUUUCCCUUUGCCAGUCAUGGCCCCAGGCUUCCUCCUCCAGGCUUUCCACAUCCUCAUAUCCCAGGACAUCACACCCCACACACAGAAGAAAAUCAACAGCAACAUUUUAGAGGACGACCAGGAAGACACCGACACUAUCCCAAGAGAUACUUUGCCCAGCAGCCGGAUGAUAGACCCAUGA